GGGGUUAUGGAGUUCGGCCAGACGUUGCAUAUAUUCCUUGAUUCACCACUUAACCCAUAAGCCUUCUCUUUAUUGCUAAUUUUACACUGCAAAAAUUAAAGAAACGGUACAUCAUACAAUCAUGCAGAAAUUGUCCGUUCAAAAACGUGAGAAACUAUCAUCAAGACCAGUAAUUCUCAUCCUCCUCUUCUACUACUUGGUUAUGAUGGUUCCAGCUAGAGGCUCUCAUGUGACUAAUCAUGUUAUUGAGGAGGAUGAUGAUGAUACGAAGCGAGAUGAGACAUCAUUGGGAGUCUCCAGGAAACGAUUAGAGCCCCUGCACAGCGCUACCGAAUACAGACUAGUAACAGCAUCAUUGGAAUUGGAAACAGAAUUAGCAGCUGGUUAUAAUAAGUCUACGAUGUGGUUGUGGUCGCAGCAGCAUCAGCAACAGAAUGUGGCGCCUUUUCAAUUGUGUCUGGCUUGCAAGUGUUGUAUGUCGUCGGCGGCAGAGCCCAGUAGCAACUGCACAAGCAUGCCUUGUUGCUUUGUUAUCGAUUGCCAACUCCCUAAUAAGCCUUUUGGAGUUUGUGCUUUUGUACCCAAGACCUGCAACUGCACCUCUUGUGCUACUCCUCUCCUCUAAUAUUGUGUGUUUGGUCAAGUUUUUAAAAUCUACUUAUUUUAAAAAAUUGCUUUUCCUUAGAAGUGGUUAGAUCUUAUGUAAAUAAAUGCACUUAAUGACCUAAGGUCUGAACCAUUCAGAUUCAGACCUCCAUUAAGUGCAAACAAACGAGGCCUAAGUCUAAUAACGAACAAGAGGCAACUAGCUACCAAUCAGGCCGUAUCCAGCUAAUAAGCUAUGGGUUCAUCUGAAGCCAUAGCUUUUGGCUUAAGCUAUGUAUUAAAAGAUUGACUAAAUAUGUACAAAUAAUAGA